AUGGUAGUUACGAAUAACGACAUUCUAGAAAAUGCACGUGUCAUGGCCAAGAACAACGUUUCCACUAACAAAGGCGCGCGGCGCAAUGAAGGCACAGCCCUGCGUCCAUGGAAGCAUCCCACGGUAGGCGCGGACGUUCUGGUGAUACAUGACAGGGUACAUGUGACGGUUUGUCUGCAGGUAAUGCGCCAUGAUCGCAAGCCGAGCCCCCACGUCCUUCAUCAUAAAUCCAAGAUAGGGCACAAGGCCAGGCACAAUGUUUGCAGGCAUGCCGGUUUCGUAACAAAUAAAUUGACACCAGAGAAACUAACUGGCACACAGCGCGAGUGCGGGAUGCACGUUGAUCCCUCCUUUUGUUGCGAUUAG